AUGCCUCUUGUAGUCCCAAACACCAGCGACGACAAGUCCACGCAAUGGAUGGAGAAGCUCAUGGGGAAGAAGAUUGGCGAGCAGAGCAAUGAGACUACCUUCGCGAAGACCGAACUGCCAAAACAGCACAGAAUCGUGAAAGAAGGAGACAUGAUGACCAUGGAUCACGUCGCUGAUCGCAUGAACAUCCACACCGGCGAGGAUGGAACUGUCAAGAAGAUCACCCAUGGUUGA